AAUAUGAAUAUAUCGACUUUCAAUGAUUCCGUUAUGUUUUCAAUAAAACAUGCCAACGCUCUUAUAGCUUAUUGCAAAAUUUGGUGAUGCGAGAAAUUCUACAUGGCUUAGUUAUUAAAUAUUCUAAUAGAACUAAACACUACAUGGUGACAUUGAAAGGUGGAAUUUGACAAACUAGAAUAAUAAUUGAGAAAUGGCAGCCGGUUUAAAUAAGUACGUUAGAUUUUCAAAAACAAUGAAUUCAUUAACGCAAGUCGAAAUAGAAUAUUAUAGAGACGCUUUUAAGUUCUUUGACAGAGACAAGAAAGGAUACAUUACCGCAGAUGACUUUGAUAAAGCUCUCAGACGUAUGGGUAACAGCAUUCCAACUGAAGAGGAAGUCCAAAACUUGCUGAAGGAAUACGAUAUAAAUGGUGAUGGGAAGGUCACAUUCGAGGAAAUGGUUGUUAUGACUGUCAAGCGAAAACAAAAUGAAGAUGAAGACCCAGAAAGCAGGAAAUUGUUCGAUAAAUUUGAUAGCAAUAAAGAUGGUUAUUUAAACAGAGAAGAACUGGUUGAAGUUUUAGCCCAGUUAGGACCGAGAUUAUCGUCUACAGAUGUUGAAGAGAUUUUACGAGAUUAUGACGAGAAUCAUGACGGUUUAAUUCAAUUUUCAGAAUUUGAAAAGAUGCUGAUCCAAUGAUGUCUCUUGAAACCGGCAGUAUCUGACCGAAAACCAGUAAUUUGAU